AUGUCCCCAUCCGAAGUCGUAAAAUUCCCCGCCGACGACCGCAUCGAGCCAGGCUCGACCGACUACCCGGCGGCUCAGUUCCCCACCAUCAAGAACACCUCGGUGGACGUCGACGCCGCAGCAGAUGAAAUCAUCGGCGCCCUCAACAAGGCCCUCGACGCCGGAGACGCCAGCGCCGUGGCCGGCCUGUUUCUCCCAGAUGGCGCCAGCCACGGCUACUGGCGCGACCACCUGUGUCUGACGUGGGUCAUGCGCACCCUCAAGGGUCGCGGGCAGAUCGGCAGCUUCCUGGCCAACGAGACACCCCACGAUGGUGGCGACGUGAGGUUGCCCAGGAGGAUUACGAUCGACAGGAGCAGCGACUUUAGGUCGCCCACGCUGUCGGCCUUUGAGGCCUCGGGCAAGCACAGGUGCAUAAGCUUCCACGUCGAGGUCCAGGCGCAGCACGGCAAGGGCCGCGGCGUGGCUCGCCUCGCGGAAGGUGAGGAUGGCAAGAUCUACAUCGCGACGCUUUUCACCUCGCUGGUAGAGAUCGAGGGUCAUCCGGAGCCUGUCAGGGGCCAAAGGGUGAAGGGUGUCGAGCACAAGGGGACGCACGAUGAGCCGAACUGGCGCGAGAGGCUGGAGGCCGCUGCGCGGUUUGAAGAUCAUGAGCCUACAGUCCUCGUUGUUGGAGCCGGACAAGGUGGCCUCUCCGUCGCAGCCCGACUACAAAUGCAAGGAAUACCAACCCUCGUCAUUGAUCGCAACCCCCGCGUGGGUGAUUCAUGGCGGAACCGCUAUCAUCACCUAGUCUUACAUGACCCGAUCUGGUACGACCACAUGCCGUACAUACCAUUUCCCGACCACUGGCCCGUCUUCACACCCAAAGACAAGAUUGCGGACUUCUUCGAGUCCUACGUCAGCCUCCUCGAGCUCAAGGUAUGGACAGGCACGAACCUGGCCGACUCGACCUGGGACGAGGAGAAUAGGGUGUGGACGGUGAAGCUGGAGAGGGCGGGCGAGACCAGGACGGUCAGGCCGAGGCACAUCAUCCAGGCGACCGGCCACUCGGGCAAGAAGAACUUUCCGCAGAUCAAGGGCAUGGACGCCUUCAAGGGCGCGCGGCUCUGCCACUCGUCAGAGUUCCCCGGGGCGACGCCCAACUCGGCCGGGAAGCGCGCCGUCGUGGUCGGGUCCUGCAACUCUGGCCACGACAUCGCGCAGGACUUUUACAGCAAGGGCUACGACGUGACCAUGGUGCAGCGGUCGUCGACGUGCGUCGUCGGGUCCGACGCCAUCGUCAACAUCGGCCUGGCGGGUCUGUACGAGGAGGGCGGGCCGCCGACCGAGGACGCGGACCUGGUGCUGUACUCGUACCCCUUUGAGCAGUUCAAGACGGCGCAGCGGGCCGUCACGGCGCUGCAGAACGAGGCGGACCGCGAGAUCCUCGAGGCGCUGGAGCGGGUCGGGUUCAAGGUCGACAUGGGCCCCGAGGCGUGCGGCCUCUUCAUCAAGUACUUCCAGCGCGGAGGGGGCUACUACUUGGACGUCGGGGCAAGCCGGCUCAUCGCCGACGGCAAGAUCAAGAUCAAACAGGGCUGCGAGAUCAGCGAGGUGCUGGCCGACGGGCUCCUGUUCGCCGACGGACAGAAGCUCGAGGCCGACGAGAUCGUCUUUGCCACCGGGUACCUGAACAUGAGGGGCGAGGCCAGGGCCAUCUUUGGCGACACCCUGGCGGACCGCGUCGACGACGUCUGGGGGUUCGACGACAAGGGCGAGCACAGGACCAUUUGGAGCAGGAGUGGGCAUCCUGGCUUCUGGUUCAUGGGCGGAAAUCUAGCUCUCUGCCGGUACUUUUCGAGGCUUCUGGCCCUGCAGAUCAAAGCUGCCGAGCUGGGAUUGAACAAACUGUAG